GUCCAAAUCGCCGCAUAUAAUGUAGCCCAGCCAUGCAGACUUUCCUCUUCCCCUCCCCCUCCCCCUCCCUGCCAGCCCCGUGUGUGGCCCGGAUUAGCCACCUCCGGCUCCCCUCCACAGAUCGCCCCAUGCACCGCCAGCCUUCCAGAGCUGAUCUAAGCCAAGCGCGAUUGUGAAACAAUGGCGACAUCCAAGAAGGAUCCCCCAAAUCCUAGCAGAGGCAGGAUGUCACCCAACCUCAGGCCAUCCAGCAGUGAGUCCUCUGGGUAUGGAUACGGUGCUAGGCGGGCGCGGUCUGUCCCAAGCUCCCCCGACCGCAAAUUCAGCUCAUCAUCGUCAUCUGUGACUGCCUCUAGCUCCAAGGAUGUGCAGCGUCCAUCAUUGUCCAGCGCUGGUCGGUCCAUCUCAUCGCGGACCAUGGGCUCAUCCAUCCAUGGCACCAAGGCCCAACCAUUCCCAGGUGCAGCCUCACCUACACUAGCGAGGGCGAAAUCCGACAAGGUCAGCACCACCUCGCAACGGCCUCCGGUGCUUGCUGUGCCACCGAGCAACUCUUUUAAGGACAUGACCAAGACAGCAACUAAGGCACCUCCAACUCCAACCACCUCGCUGAGGAGUAAGCCAUCUCCAAGGCCUACUGCUGAUAGUUGCAAGGCAGCAGCAUCACCUAAACCUAGCAACCAGAAGGUCUUGUUGCCAGGUGCUUCUCGAGGAGACAAAGUUCAGCCAUUGUCUACCACACACUCACCUGGUGUAGCCGCAAGAAAGAGAUUGGAUACUGUUACUGGUGCUACUACUAGCUCUCAGAAGGCAAUGGGGGCAUCUGCAACCAGGAAGGAGAAACAUAAGGACCCAUCGAUGCAAAUUAAGGGAACAAAGUGCAUAAACACCACCCUAUCCACAGAAGAGCACUUGCACAAGGAGCUCACUGAUCCAGUUGAUUUGAAAUCCAUGGAGAUGACCGUACCUGAUCAGCAUGAGCCAUCUUCCAAUCAACCAGAACAAGUAUUCAAAGAUGAUGAGGAAUCCAAGAGGCAUUUCUCUGAAGGGAAAGUAGAUGCCGGAACUAAUGGGAUCCAUAAUGGAGGGCAAGAUAUCAAUGGUGGCGUCAAGACUAUAUAUGAAUGUGGGAUUGUUGAGAAGGAGGAGGCUGAUCUCUCAAAAAAGAAGGAGGAGGCUGACCGAAGUGCAGAUAAGGUAGUGCCGAGGACUGAAGUGGCUCAGGUGUGGAGGAAGGAUGAUCCAAGGGGCAACGACGUGAUUGAGGAAACCAAAAGCAAACUUCUGGAGGAGAGGAAGAGCCGGGUGAAGGCCUUGGUGGGGGCCUUCGAAACUGUAUUGUCAUUCAAGGAAUAGUGCUCAACCUUGUCUUUGGAUCUAUUGUGUCCAUCUCUAUAUUGAGUACAUCCUGUCAUGAAUAUAUAUGUGAUCAUGAGGAGCUGAGUGUUUAUAUGAUGACUUCCUUGGUUCGCUGUA